UGAUAGUGGCAGAGCAAGAUCUUGUCUCAAAAAAUUAAAAAAAAAAUACAUAGAAGAGUGAAUCCUCAGCCAUGCCAAGUGUGUUACAUCAAUGUCAGUGUCUUUGCUGGGAGGAAGUGGGAUCCUGAAACUUGAGAUGGAAAAAUCCAGGUUGAUAAACUUGAAAAUCUUGAAUCCUCAGAUUCCCCUGAACCCUCUGGGUCUGAAGAAGCAGCUCAGUCCUUCCUGUGAAAGGCCGAUGAUCCCACUUUACUUAAAAUGAUGUAGAUGGUUAGGCCUAGCUUCUGCGGGAGAGUGGUUGGUUGUGAGGGCCGCAAGAUGGGCAUUCUUCCAGAAUGUAAAAAUAUCUCACUGUGGGUGGAAGUUCCCAAAGACCUGGAAGAUCCAGAGGUGUUUCAGGCCCAGAGGCGGCUGCUAGAAGCCACGUAUGGCCCAGAAGGGUCACAGAUCCCUUACACUGAGCAGGUAAGCAAGGCCAUGCUUGAGCUGAAGGCUCUGAAAUCUUCAGAUCUCACUGAGGUCAUGGUUUUUGGCUCCUAUUUGUACAAGCUCUGGACCAAGUGGAUGCUGCAAGUCCGUGGCUGAGUGGUUCCAGCUUGGUUUAAACUCUGCUCCAGAGUGAUGAAUUAAGGAAAAAACCAUCUGUUUUGGCGUCUCUGCCCUUGCUCUGACUCCAGUUGUGAAUAUCGUUUUUGAA